AUGCCUCUCAAUCCUUCUACAGUUCCAAAGUCAGCCCCUAAAGCACCAGAAUUGGUGCCAGUGUUUUUCGUCAACUUGAAGCUCCAGGAUCCAUAUCCGGUAUUGGAGAACAAAAGCUAUGCACACUCCGUCACACUUGUUAACAUAGUCGAUGGUGAUAUUAGCACUGUUCCAAACAAGUUGAAGUUGGAAUUGGAUGCUAACAGCUUGGUGGGUAUCGACCACAUCACUGCUGAUACUAAAGUAGGUGCUAGCAAGCUUGAUUGUUACGUUUACGGGAAGACCCCAAGCGGUGCUGGAUUACACAUUCACUACUUUGGGCUUAUCAAGGGAAAUGAAGCAAUUGGAAAGAUUUUAGGUGGUGGAAAAUCAAUUGAGACUGAUUUUGCUGAAGACUACAUUACUAGCAACCCGGUGAUCCUGUUUGACGGAGAGGUCGAAGAGAAGUACUUGUGGGCCAAGAAGGAAAACCUUAUCGGCAAGGGAAGAUUCGUCAGAGACGAAGCUGGAACUUUAUACGUUCAAUAUUAUGUAUAUGUAUUAGAGUAA